UUAGUCAGAUAAUAUCAACGGGCGGCCUUUGGAGCUCUUUCUUGAAUAUCAUACCCCCCAUUAACAUUGCUACUUCUAUAGCUCCUCCUACAUAUGAAUCUCCAAAAUUGUCACAAGUUGUGAGAUGGCUAUCACUAGCAAAAGAAACCCAGUUGACGCUUUUCUGUUCUCGUUCUUUUUCAUUUCCUACUAUCUUUCUUUGUUGAGCCAUGCAGCUAAUACAAUCACACAAGGCCAAAACCUGAGUGAUGGGCUUGAUGGCCAUCUGAUAUCAGAUGACCAAAACUUCCAACUGGGAUUCUUUAGCCCUGCUAAUUCAUCAUUAAGAUAUGUUGGAAUAUGGUAUCACAACAUUCAAGAAAAUGAACCAUCAGUUAUAUGGGUUGCAAAUAGAAAAAAUCCACUCUUUGAUAAAAAGGGUGUCUUGAUGUUUAAAGACGAUGGUAAUUUGAUGGUUGUGGCUGGAAAUAAUACAGAAGUUUGGUCAAGUAAUGCUUCAAUCGUAUCAGCAAACACAACAGCGAGGCUUGAUGAUACAGGAAAUCUCAUUCUCUCUAGCGAUGACGGCAAGAAACAUUGGGAGAGUUUCAAUGAUCCAACGGAUACAUUUUUGCCUGGCAUGAGAGUGCAAGUGAAUGCUGAAAGGGGUGAGAAUCGCGCUUUCAAUUCAUGGAAAUCAGCCAACGAUCCUUCACCAGGAAACUACGCCAUGGGGGUUGAUCCUCGGGCCUCACCACAAAUCGUGAUAUGGGAAGGAGAGCAUAGGCGGUGGAGAAGUGGAUAUUGGGAUGGAAGAACGUUUUCUGGUGUUCCAAACAUAACAAGCAGCUAUUUGUAUGGUUUUAAACUUUCUGAUUUGGAAAAUCAAAGCAGGUAUUUUACUUAUACCCCAAUGAACAGUUCAGAUAAGUUAAGGUUUCGGAUUCGUUGGGAUGGAUAUGAAGAGCAAUUAAGGUGGGAUGAAGGUGGAAGUAAGUGGGAUACCAUCCAGUCUCAGCCAGCAGAUAAAGAAUGUGAACUCUAUAAUUUUUGUGGUAAUUUUGGGCUUUGCAAUGAGUUAAAUUCACCUGUGUGCAGUUGUGUACAAGGGUUUGAUCCAGUGGACCCUGAUCAAUGGUACAAGGGGAAUUGGUCCGGUGGGUGUAGGAGAAGAACUGAAUUGCAGUGUCAAAGGAACCUUAGUAGUGUGACACAGGAAACUGCUGGAGAGGACGGGUUUUUGGAUGUCAAGUGCUCGAAGUUGCCAGAUUUUGCAAAUCUUGAAGUGGUGACGAAGGAUUCCAAUGAGAGCUGUGAGAGCAAGUGUCUAAACAAUUGUUCCUGUACUGCAUACGCAGAUGCUAGUGGGAUUGGGUGCUUGAUAUGGAAGGGGGACUUGUUGGAUAUGCAUCAAUUCCCAAGAGCUGGAAAUACGCUGAAAAUCCGUCUCGCAGAUUCUGAAUUAGGUGGCAAGAGAAAAUUAUCCAUCCUUGUGAUAAUAAUAAUUGUUGUAGCUGGAGUAGUCCUCCUAGUUGUAUUCACAUUCCUGUUAUGGAGGUUCAAAACAAAACGGAAAGUUUUGGCCACAGUGUCCUCAAUUUCCGGUGGCAAUGACAAUGAUACACCAUUGCGAAUUUAUGAAUCAAGCAAAAGUAUGGAAUUUUCUACUGAUCUUUCUGGACCAGCUGACCUCAGCAUUGAUGGAGAUCAAGCAAAUGGACUGGAAUUACCAUUGUUUAAUUUCAAUUGUGUAGCAUUUGCUACAAACAACUUUUGUGAAGAAAACAAGCUUGGGGAGGGGGGAUUCGGUCCUGUGUACAAGGGUAAGCUUCCGGGGGGACAAGAAAUAGCAGUAAAAAGGCUUUCAGUAAGAUCUGGUCAAGGUCUGGAGGAGUUUAAGAAUGAGAUUAUUCUGAUUGCCAAAUUACAACAUAGAAAUCUUGUAAGACUAUUAGGCUGCUCCAUUCAAGGGGAAGAAAAGAUGCUUCUCUAUGAGUACAUGCCAAACAAAAGCUUGGAUUGCUUUCUUUUCGCAGACCCAAGCAAGCAAGCACUACUAGAUUGGAGAAAACGUUUCACAAUUAUUGAAGGGAUUGCACGAGGACUCCUUUAUCUCCAUCGAGAUUCAAGGUUGAGAAUAAUUCAUCGAGAUCUAAAGGCUAGUAACAUUUUGUUGGAUGAAGAGAUGAACCCAAAGAUUUCAGACUUCGGAAUGGCUAGGAUAUUUGGGGGAAACCAACAUGAAGCAAAUACAAAUCGAGUUGUUGGCACCUUUGGCUACAUGUCUCCAGAAUAUGCAAUGGAAGGCUUAUUCUCAGUAAAGUCAGACGUCUAUAGUUUUGGGGUAUUACUACUAGAGAUUGUGAGUGGCAGGAAGAACACUAGCUUUCGUUUAUCCGAAUAUUCAAGCCUUAUAGGACGUGCAUGGCAUCUUUGGAAUGAAGAAAAAGCAAUGGAGCUCAUUGAUCCUUCUAUUCAGGAUUCAUGUUCUCGUGAUGAAGUAUUGAGAUGCAUACAUUUGGGAAUGCUGUGUGUCCAAGAUUCUGCAUCUCAGAGACCAACUAUGUCUUCUGUUGUGUUAAUGCUAGAGAGUGAAAGUGCAACUCUUCCAUUGCCUAGACAACCUACUUUUACUUCAAUGAGAGAAAGCUCUAUAGAUACAGAAUCUUACAUGGAAAGCCAAGACAUCGUAUCCUCAAAUAAUUUGACAGUUACAAUGAUUUGUGGAAGAUAAGAGUCAUUUUUUCCUUUAUAGUUCUUAAUGUGUAUAUGUUAUUCUCUGUGCAUGUUACAUACAAGCAGCAUUUUAUAUUUUUGUUGUCCAAAAAUUCUAAAAAAUUUUUAGUA